AUGGAUGAUGAAACUAUCUUCAAUCUUCAACCCCAAAAAACAUUAAAGGAUCUUAUUAAGGACCCACAGGGAUCGCGGACCCCUCCGUUUUUGGCUACGUUUUAUCUGUAUCAAAUUGAAGCUUUGGAGCAAGCAAUCAAGCAGAACACAAUAGUGUUUUUGGAUACUGGGUCAGGCAAAACAUUGAUUGCGAUUAUGCUUCUUCGAUGCUAUGCACAUCUUUUAACAAAACCGUCAUCCAAUUUUGCAGUAUUUUUGGUGCCCACUGUUGUACUAGUCAAACAGCAAGCUGAGGCUGUGAGGAAGUACCUUGAUUUGAAAGUGGAGGAAUAUUGGGGGGAAAAAAAGGGUAUGGAUUACUGGAAUGCAUCUGAUUGGACGAAGCAACGAGAUGAAAAUCAGGUAAUGGUAAUGACACCUGCCAUUUUACAUGAUGCGUUGACGCAUAAGUUUCUACGCUUAGAUAAUAUUAAGCUUUUGAUAUUUGAUGAAUGCCAUAACGCCAAAAAACGGCAUCCGUAUGCUCUCAUCAUGAACGAGUUCUAUCACCGCCAGUUACGUGAUGGUAUUACUGAGCUUCCUAGGAUACUCGGUAUGACAGCUUCACCUGUGAAAGGCAAAGGUCUAAGCUCAACUGAGGAUUAUUGGAAAGAAAUUAAAAACCUCGAGAAUCAAUUGAACUCAAAGGUAUUUACAUGUGAAGUGGCUGAGUCAGUUCCCAUAUCUGCCCCUCAGUACAAGUAUUACCAGAGUAUAGAAUUUCCUGAUCAGGUGUUGAAGGAGUUAAAAUGUACUUUGCUGCUUUUAAGAGAAAAGCAUGAAAUAACAAUAAAAAAGGCAAACAUCUCGGAAUCUUCAAUGGACCAUUCAAUGAAGAGGUUAUCGAAACUAUCAUCAAUAUUCGAGUUCUGUUUGCAAGAGUUGGGCAUUUGGUUGGCAGUGAAGGCGACAGAAGCAUAUGCGUGUGAAGAAAAUGACCUCUUUACGGGGGCACUUGAUGUACGUGGAGACACAAUUGCUAGAGAGUUCUGCAAAGAUGCCAAUAAAGCUUUCUCUUCAUACAUACCAGCUGAAUGGAUGAUUAGUCACAUUAAUCAGGAAAGUGUGAGGAUCGGAUUAAUCUCAGCAAAAGUUGUGUGCUUACUUGAAUCACUUGCUGAAUACAGGCAUGUAAAUGAUAUGAGAUGCAUUAUAUUUGUCGAGAGGGUGAUUACAGCCAUUGUACUUAAAAGCUUACUCAGGGAGUUAAACCCCAAACUGUUUGGGUGGAGAACUGAAUACACUGCCGGUAAUCAUUCUACAAUGCAGUCACAAAGCCGUGGUGUUCAAAAUAAAAUCGUGGAAGAGUUCCGUAAAGGAAUGGUCAAUAUAAUUGUUGCAACAUCGAUCCUUGAAGAAGGUCUGGAUGUUCAGAAAUGCAAUCUUGUAAUUCGAUUUGACCUCUCAGCCACUAUUUGUAGCUUUAUUCAGUCUCGAGGCCGUGCUCGAAUGUCAAACUCAGAAUUUGUGUUGCUUAUUAAAAGUGGGGACACGGAGACGUUAGAGAAGGCGAACAACUACCUUUUGAGUGGAAAACUCAUGAGGGAUCAGUCAUUAAAUCAUGCUUCUGAACCGUGUGAGCCAUUGGAUAGUGAAAUGUUAGACGAAGAUGUAUAUUGCGUGGAAUCUACUGGGGCAACUUUAAGCUUGAGUUCUAGCAUUGGAAUGGUUAACUUCUAUUGUUCUAGACUGCCUUCUGACGGGUAUUUCAAGCCUUAUCCGAGCUUUAUAACUGAUAAGGAAUCAGGAACUUGCACAAUUCUUUUCCCUAAAAGUUGCCCACUUCCAAGAGUCUGUAUUGAGAGUAAGGGCAAGUCAAAAAUGCUGAAACGAAUCGCAUGCCUUGAAGCAUGUAAGCAACUUCAUAAGAUGGGAGCGUUAACAGAUAAUCUUGUUCCGGAUACCGUGGAGGAAGCUGAUGAUUCACAAGAAAUCGAGUACGAUUAUGAAGAAGAAAAGGUUCAAUACGUGCCUCCUGAGCUUGUGGGGCGAUUAGGAGUUGAUUCAGAUAAAGUGUAUCACUUUUACUCAAUUAAGUUAAAGAAGAACUUUGAUUACAAUGUUGAAUUCCAAGAUAUAGUACUUGGAGUGAAGACUGAGUUAGAACUCGAUAGUCAAGGAUUAUCUUUUGAACUUGAGGUCGAUAGAGGCACCCUUUCUGCUUCCGUGGCUUAUCUUGGGAUGUCCAUGUUUACAUCUGAGCAGAUCAGCCUAUUGAACAAAUUUCAAUUGACUAUGUUCAAGGUACUUCUUGAUCACUCUAUCACAGAGUUGAUGAAAUCUUUAGAAGUAAUUAAGUCAAAAAAGGACAUAAUGGGAUUUGAGUAUCUUCUGCUGCCUUCAAUGGGAUUAAAUAAAGCAUCAUCAAUCUUUGAUUGGAAUUCUGUUCGUUCUAUUCAGUUUCCACAUGAAGAAAAACAUAAUUGCUCUUUAACGAGCAACAAUCAUCACCAAGUACACACCAGAAAUGGAUUAAUUUGCAGUUGUUUGGUGGAAAGUUCAUUGGUAUAUACCCCUCAUAAUGGGCGUUUGUAUUGUACCACCGAAUGGUUACAUGGUAUGAAUAGUAAUUCGCUCUUGGAAACAAAGGAAGAUGAAACAAUCACCUAUAAAGAUUACUACAAAACAAAGUAUGAUAUUGACUUGAAGUACGACUCCUUUUUUUUAGCAAGACAGCUUUUUGUAGUUCAAAAUUUUCUUCAAAGAGGCAGACAUCAUAAGGAGAAAGAAAUAAGAAAUGUAAGGGUUCAGCUGCCUUCCGAAGUGUGUUACAUUAUCAUGUCGCCGAUAUCUCUAAGUACCUUCUAUUCAUUCUCUUUCCUACCGUCAGUGAUGCAUAGGAUCGAGUCAUGGCUUUUAGCCAUCAACUUAAAGAAGUUGCAUGUAGAUCAUACUCUUUCAAAUGCAAAUGUUUCGCCCCUCAAGGUCUUAGAAGCAAUCACUACAAAGAAAUGCCUUGAAAGUUAUAAUCUGGAAUCUUUUGAGAUCUUGGGUGAUUCUUUUUUAAAGUAUGCAGCAACUCAACAUUUAUUUAAAUCUCUCCAAAAUCAACACGAGGGCAUCCUGAGUUCUCGGAGGGAGAAAAUAAUAUCCAAUGAAUCGUUAUGCAGAUUGGGAUGUCGCUGCAAUAUUCUGGGAUUCAUCCGUAAUGAACCUUUUGAUCCAAAGGCAUGGGUUAUUCCGGGGGAUCGAUCUGCCAACUUGAACUUGGAAGAAAAAGUGUUCCCAACUGGGAGAAGAGGUUACAUUGGCAGGAAAAGAACAUUAAAAAAGAAAGUAGUAGCGGAUGUUGUAGAAUCAUUAAUUGGCGUUUUUCUUAGCGAAGGAGGUGAAUCAGCAGCCUUAUCAUUUAUGGGCUGGCUAGGAAUAGAGGUUGACUUUGGCAACACGCUUUAUGCCAGAACAAUGAUACCGCAACCUGAAAAGUUUGUAAGCAUUGAUCAGUUGGAAUCGGUUCUUAGUUAUUCAUUUCAGGACCCAUCUUUACUUGUUGAAGCAUUAACACAUGGUUCUUAUAUGCUACCUGAGAUUCCAAGAUGUUACCAGCGUUUAGAGUUUCUUGGGGAUGCCGUGUUGGACUAUUUAAUGACCGUACACCUAUAUAGGAAAUAUCCCGGAAUAUCUCCUGGCCUGUUGACUGAUCUAAGGUCUGCAUCCGUAAACAAUGAUUGUUAUGCCCAAUCUUCGGUUAGAGUUGGACUGCACAAGCACAUCCUUCACGGAUCACAAGUUCUGCAUCGGAAUAUAGUGUCCGCUGUUGAUGAUUUUGAACAACUGCAGUUGGUUUCUACUUUUGGAUGGGAGUCUGAAAGCACAUUUCCAAAGGUACUUGGAGAUGUGAUAGAAUCAAUAGCCGGGGCGAUUCUUGUGGAUUCUGGAUAUGACAAAGACCAAGUUUUUCGGAGCAUUAGGCCACUUCUCGAGCCAUUGGUAACCCCGGAGACGCUGAGACUUCAUCCGGUGAAAGAGUUGCAUGAUCUCCUUCAAAAGAAACAUUUUGGAAUAAAAAAAUCUGCUAAAAGGACUCUUGAGGGUACCAUAUCUUUCACCAUUGAAGUCGAAGCGGAAGGAAUCGUGUUCAAAGACUCGUGCGUGGCUCAAGAUAAGAAAAUGGCUGAGAGACUUGCAUCCAAGUCUGUUUUGAAGCUCAUCAAAGAAAUAUUUCCUGGCAUAUAACAUUUCAUUUGGUACCUUAUUGUAUUUGGCAAAAGAAUAUCAUAUUGAAACUAGAAAUGGAAUGGUGAAUAUACUAUGAAGAUGAAAAUGAUAUGAUUAUGAAAGAAAUGUAAUUUGAGAUGAUUAUGAUGAAAUGAAAAUGCUUGAUGUGUUAAAGUCAAACAUAAA